GGCAACCAGGUGAGCCCCAUGCGCAGGCAAAGGCAGAGAGAGAGAGAGUUCAUCUCGCCAGCAAACGAUGCCGUGUGUCUUCCAGCUGCACCCGCCCCUCCAUCAGCAGCAGCAGCAACACCAACAGCACCCGCAUCAGGAGCUGUCCCUGUCCACGCCCGUGCACGCCCUGGAGCCGGACACCAACUUCACGAGCUUCUUUGACGACGACAUCGUGACCUGCGGCUCCACAUCCUCCUCCGCCGUCUGGCUGCCCAUCCAGCUGGGCAACGGCAUCCUACCUAAUGGAGCAGCUAUCAAUGCAGCGAACAAGGCAGCCGCAGAGGUUCCCUUUGUCCAGAUCCACACCACGGACCUGCAGCAGCAGGCGCAGCCCGAGAAGAGCUAUCGCAAUGCCUUCCGCCGCAGGACGGCGGAGAUCAAGUCCGAGGAGCUGAUCAAAUCCGAGCUGGCCGAGGCCGCGGCCAAGGAACGCCUGAAUGCCACGCCCACACCGCCCACGCGCAACUCCAGCUGUGCCAGCGUCGAGGGCAAGGCCAUGGUGCAGGAGGUGCCGAUACUCUUCAGGUGCCCCAACUGCCCGUUCCUCAGCCUCUGCGAGGUGAAGUCCAGCCAGCACGUGAACAACUGCUUCGGAACCAGCGCCGAGCAGCAGAGACAGUGUCCAGGCUGCCCGAACAUCUUCUACAGCAGCGAUGCCCUCAAUGUGCAUCUCAGCAUGGACCACCAACUGGAUGACGAUGAGAUUGCGACCCUGCUGGGCGGCACAGCCACACCGGCCGCUGCGGCCGCCUCCGGCCACAAGCAGCCGCUGCCCAAGAGCCGGAUCUUCAUCAAGAGCGUGGACUGCCUGAGGGAGCCCCAGCAGGAUUUCCUACCACUGCUACAGCAGGACACCGACUCUCCAGUCACAUCCAGCAACAUUCUUGAUCUGCUCGAUGAGGUGGUGCAGACACCUGGUCCGCUGCCGCCCGGUGGGCAAGUGGCAGUGGCGCCGCCGCCCUGCCACAAGCCCAGCAGCCAGAAGAUAUCCAUCAAGAGCGUGGACGUGCUGAGGGAGCCUGCGCUGCUGACCUUUGACUUUCAGCUGCCCAAUGGCUGCCAGGAGAUGCCUCUGCUGGCGGAAAGCAAUCUCGUGGAUGUGCCAGUGCCAGUGCCAGUGUCGGUGAUGGAGGUGGAGCCCAAGCCGCGUCAGCCCAAGAUCUACAUCAGAAACGUGGACAUCCUCAAGGAGCCGAUGCUGCUGCCCUCGUCCCUGCCCGGCAUGGGCUUCAAUGGGAGCGUGGCCACGACGAUAGCGAUGCAGAAUGGAGGAGGAGUUGCCAGCGAUGUCUUCCAGGCGGAUACGUUACUCACGCCAACGGGUCCGCUGCCAGGUUUCGAGCCCAGCCUGGCGCCCCUGGCCAACAUGUGCUCCGAACCCUUUCCCUUCGACUCCGUGCUGAGUGUGGGCGGUGGUGGGGGUGCCUCCACACUGGAGAACACUCGCUUCAGUGCCUUGGACUUGGACUUUGGCGUAGAUUUUGACCAUGGCAUGGCGCCACUGCUCACCGAGGCCACCCCUCCGCCACCGCCACCGCCACAGCCACAGCCUCAGCCGUCAGUGCAGUCCGGCCUCUCGGAACUGGAGCAGCCCGUCCAGCUGCAGCACUACCUGCCGCCGACUCCGAGCACCACCAAGCAGAAGAUCUUCAUCAAGAACGUGGACAUCCUGAAGGCACCGCAGCGCGGCACUCUCCACCUGCGCACCGUCGACGAGCUCAAUUUUAUGACCCGCAACGAGGUGGAGCGCCUUAUAGUUCCCAACCUCGAACCCAUGCCCAAAAUGGAGCCCCUGAUGGACCAGCAGCACCAGCAUCAGCAGCAGCAUACGCACACGCAGCCACAGUCGCAGCCUCAGCCGCUGGAUCCCCUGCAGCUGGAACCGCCCAACUCUCAGACGCUGAGCGAGUUCCAAGCUCCGCUGAGCGGCAGCUGGCCGAGCGAAGACAGCUACGACCUGGCCGGGGAUCUGGAGGGCUGGCCCUGGAUCGAGGAGGCAGUGCAAGAGGUCAUACCAACUGAGACGGCCGCCGCCUCCGAACCACAAGUGGAGGCGCUUCCCCAGUGCUCCUCCUCUGACGAUUUCCCCCAGUUGUAUCCCUCGCCGCCUGAGCCAGUACAGAGCGGAGGAGACGCUGUGCCUCCCCUGGUGCCCGUCAGCGCCACGGAUGAUACUGCAGUCGCUGCCGCUGGCACCGCUGGACCGAUCAGUCUGCCCCUUCCUCCGCUGGUUCCUCUGGCGGCGGAGGCGGGCGAGAAGCCGGGACGCAUCUAUGUGGCCAACAAUCUGCUGCCCGCCGCCGUGGACCCGCUGCCGGGUGGAACUUCGGUGCGCGGGCGUCCCUAUGGCACCAAACUAUCGGCGGCGACCGGCGGAGGAAAGCGGAAAGCUGCGCCGAGCAUCAGCCAGGUGGCCGAGGGAGGCAAGUGCCAGGUGGAGGGCUGCAUGUUCCGCUUUAAGUCGCCGGCGACGCUGGAGUAUCAUGGCCGCUGCCACAACGACGUACUGGGAUCGCCCCAGCCGAUGGUCUGUCCAGAGUGUCGCUCCUCGGACUUCAGCAACUGGAACUGCCUGCACACGCACCUGUGGCGCACGCACCAGAUCGACAUGGAGCUCUACUGCUGCCAGUUGUGCAGCUUCAAGACGCCCAUCUACUCGCGGCUGGUCAACACCCACGCCAAGAUCCACUCCGAGGAGCGCAACUACAAGUGCGAGCAGUGCGGCAAGGGAUUCAAGAACACAAAGCAGCUGAAGAACCACCGACGGCUGCACCGCACCCAGGGACUGGGCAUGGGCAAAGGACCGCUCCAAGAUCAGGCCACAGCCGAUGCUCCUCCCGGCCCGCCCACGGCCAUCCUGCAUCGCUGCGGCGACUGUGGGGCGGCCUUCAAGCAGCGCAAGACCCUGCGCGAGCAUCUCUGCAAGGAGCGUAACGAACAGCCGCAGUGCUCCCUAUGCCAGCGGCUCUUCAGCUCCAAGAGCAGCCUCAAGCUGCACCAGCGCAGCCACCAGGCGAACAAGCGCUUCCAGUGCGACACCUGCGAGUACGAGGCGAGCGACCACAACGCCUUCCGACGACAUCUGGCCACGCAUCGGGAUCGCAAGCGAUAUGCGUGUCCCCAUUGCGACUUUCGGGCGAUACAGAGCACCGCCUUUCGGAUACACCUGCAGAAGCGCCAUCCCGAGCAGGAGCUCUCGUCCAUCAUCUACAAGUGCGAUCUGUGCAGCUUCUCCAGCAUCAAUCAGAGCCUGCUGCUGGUUCACCAGGCCAAGCACGAGCACGAGGCGCCGCCACCCAACCAACAGCCGCCGCUUGCUGUGCCUGUUCCCGAGGCAGCACCAGCGACGGCCUCAACUCCAUCACAGAUCAAGGUGGAGACCAGCCUGCUGCUCGCUCAUUCCAGUACAAAUGUCGCCACGAGGCAGGCGGGCGGUUCCUUGGCAGAUGUCCCACAAUCAUUGUAAUACCCCCUCCCCCUCCCCAACCCCCUGUAUAUGACACAAAGUGCCGUGUAGGUUAUACAAAACUUUUAUACCAAAAUUAUACCACUGUUAGUUAUGGCUAAGAAUCAAUCAGAGAUGAGAUGCCACUCCAAAGGAAGGUUUCUCUUUGGCUUCGGACUGCUUCGAGGAUAGUUAGGCGUUAGUCAGAUUGUGUACAUAUCCACCCUGUGGAAUAUAUGCUUAAGCAUCUGUUGUUGUAUAUAUUGUACUGUAUAUAAGGGUUAAUUGGGAAGUAAAUGUAACUGUAAAGCAAUCCUUUGCUUAUCCUUCAGAUCAGUGCGACUGAAGUACUCGACAAAGACACACAAAAUAUUAUAAAAUUAUAUUGGAAAAUCAAA